AAAUUUCUAAUCUGCUUGUGGCCACCAAGAAAGCCCAGGAAUGCUUGCCAGUCUAUACAAUGAGCCAGCUGAGUUUCCAUCGAAUUCUCAAGGAAGACAUCAUUCAGGGAGAGCACAUGGGACGAGGCACUCGGACCCAGAUCUACUCAGGGACCCUGGACUACAGGGAUGAGGAAGGCAGCUCCGAUGAGAAAAAGAUGAAAGUGAUUCUCAAAGUCUUGGACCCCAGUCACAGGGACAUUUCUCUGGCUUUCUUCGAGGCCGCCAGCAUGAUGAGACAAGUCUCCCACAAGCACAUCGUGUAUCUCUACGGCGUCUGUGUCCGGGAUGUGGAAAACAUCAUGGUAGAGGAAUUUAUGGAGUUUGGGCCCCUGGACCUCUUCAUGCAUCGGAAAAGUGAACUCCUCACCACACCGUGGAAAUUCAAGGUUGCCAAACAGCUGGCCAGUGCUCUGAGUUACUUGGAGGACAAAGAUUUGGUCCAUGGGAAUGUGUGCGCUAAAAAUGUCCUCUUGGCCAGAGAGGGCCUGGAUGGUGAGUGCAGCCCCUUUAUCAAGCUCAGCGAUCCUGGGAUCCCCAUCACCGUGCUCUCUCGACAGGAGUGUGUGGAACGGAUCCCCUGGAUUGCACCAGAAUGCGUGGAUGACUCCAAGAACCUGAGCGUGGCUGCUGAUAAAUGGAGCUUUGGCACAACCCUCUGGGAGAUCUGCUACAACGGAGAAAUCCCCUUGAAAGAUAAGACGCUAGCAGAGAAAGAGCGGUUUUAUGAAGGGCGAGUUAUGCCGGUCACCCCCUCGUGCAGGGAGCUAGCUGACCUGAUGACGCAGUGCAUGAACUACGACUCUAGUCAGAGACCCUUCUUCCGCGCCAUCAUGAGAGACAUCAAUAAACUAGAAGAACAGAACCCGGAUAUUCUUUCAGAGAAACAACCAAUGGCUGAGGUAGAUCCCACCCAUUUUGAAAAGCGGUUCUUGAAGAGGAUCCGUGACUUGGGAGAGGGCCACUUUGGGAAAGUUGAACUCUGCAGGUAUGACCCUGAGGGGGACAACACCGGAGAGCAGGUUGCGGUCAAGUCUCUGAAGCCAGAGAGUGGGGGAAACCAGAUAGCGGACCUGAAGAAGGAGAUCGAAAUCUUGAAGAACCUUUAUCAUGAAAACAUUGUGAAAUACAAAGGGAUUUGUACAGAGGACGGAGGAAAUAGGAUUAAACUUAUUAUGGAGUUCCUGCCUUCUGGGAGCCUGAAGGAAUAUCUUCCUAGGAAUAAAAACAAAAUCAACCUCAAACAGCAGCUGAAGUACGCGGUUCAGAUUUGCAAGGGGAUGGACUAUCUGGGGUCCUGCCAGUAUGUCCACCGAGAUUUGGCAGCGAGAAAUGUCCUUGUUGAAAACGAGCACCGUGUGAAGAUCGGAGAUUUUGGCUUAACGAAGGCCAUUGAAACAGACAAGGAGUACUACACAGUGAAGGACGAUCGGGACAGUCCUGUCUUCUGGUAUGCCCCAGAGUGUUUAGUCCAGUGCAAAUUUUAUAUCGCCUCUGAUGUCUGGUCAUUUGGGGUCACGUUACAUGAACUCCUCACCUACUGCGAUUCAGAAUCCAGUCCCAUGGCGAUGUUCUUAAAGAUGAUCGGCCCGACUCAAGGACAGAUGACUGUCACAAGGCUUGUGCGUGCAUUAAAGGACGGAAAACGUUUACAGUGCCCACCUAACUGCCCAGAAGAGGUUUACCAACUAAUGAAGAAAUGCUGGGAGUACCAACCAAACAACCGAACGUCCUUUCAGAACCUCAUCUGUGGAUUUGAAGCACUUAUAAAAUAAGAUCCCAUCGAUCAAACAUUGUUUGAAGUGCCUGUUGUGUGAAAGGCACUCCUCUAAGUGUUGGAGCAUAAGCAUCCCCCCAAAAACAUUCUUUUGUUUGUGUUGCCCAACAGUUGGUGGCCUGCCCUCUGUAGAAGUCAAGUCCCUAAGCUCAGUUGGGGGGUGAGGAGGGCUCUUUUUGUUUUUUUCAAAUUUAAAACAUUUGUAUUCUCCCCAGAUUUGGUCAUUCAUUCAUAAACUAUUUAUUGAGUGCCUGCUGUGCACAGAGGAGCUUAAUAUCUUCAGGUGGUUCUUUAUAGGCGAUGAUCAUGGAAUGGUGAGAUAUAAGAGACCCACGUUUUAAGCACUCCUCUUGUUGGAAGAUGUCUACCACCAGCCGCUGCAGCUAGUGGCUUUCGUUUCACUGGGCUUACUGGUAGCUGGUGGUUUAGUAACACUCACAUGCCUUCUCGCAAGAAUGGUAUUUCCAGCAACAAGAAAUGUGGCCCAAAUCCUCUCUCAAAUUAUUUGCUUUCACUGCUGGUGAUGAGUUAUGUUAUGAAACUGAGUCCAUUUUCCUGACUUGUCAAAUUGAGGCAAGGGCUGUAGGCUUAUCAAGUUACCUUUCAUUGUACAUACAAACUUUCAGUAUCUAUACAAAUGGACCAAACCUUCUGUCAAAUGCCAUUCACGUACUGCCCUUUGAAAAUGAAGAGAAUUCGACUUGAGCUCUUUUCUCUCACAACUCAUCUUCUUGGAUCCCUGGUGACCAUCUGCAAAAAGACUGGCUGGGCAAAGGGAUGCAGCCUGUGCCCGUUGGACAGAGCCUCUUUCUGUCUGAAUCUGAACUGACUUGGGAAUUGAAUGGGUGGCGUUGACCUUGUUAUCAACAUGUCCUAAUCAGCUGAAUUAGAGGAGACCCAGUGCCACUCAAUAGGUUUUCUUUUCAUUCUUUUUUAAAAGUAAAAAUGCAAAUGCAUCUCUUUAAUGUUCAACCUUUGCUACAAAAAAGGAAUUAUUCCCAAAGAUUUUGACACUUCAGAGGUCAAGCAGGUUUUAUAAAACCACAAGUCUGUGGUUUUAUAUGUUGGAUGGAAACAUUUAGACACACCAUAUAAAUUGUAUUACACUUUUGGGCGUUUCUGUACUUGACAUGGAAAGGCAAAAUGCCUUCAUGUAAUGAGCAUAGGCACUGAGCUCGUUAUCAUUAGGGGGAGUCUCUCGAUACUGACCACAUCCCCAUCGUGUGCAGCAUGGAACAGGGAUGCCAAGACCAGGUAGCAGGUUGCUCCCUGCUUGGAAGCUAGCACCAGCUAAAAGGUGCCAACUUGGGGGAUUGCUUGGGGAUAGUUCACUAGCCAGUGAAAACGAUGAGGUCGCCAAUCCAACGUGAACAGGAAUGGUUUUAAGGAAUGUCUGUCUGAAGAAUCAUUCAAAACUCCAUAGUACUAGUGUGCCAUUGCUUUUCACCUUCUUAUCUGGAAAAUGCUUUUGGGAAAGAUUCGGGGCUGGCAGUAAUGAGAGACAGACAGACAGACGGAGAGACGGGCUGUUCAAACUGAUAUAGUGAGCUAAGGACUUCAUUUUAUACCCUUGCCCACAUCAAUGUGUUUGUCUUAUGCAGGUAGUGGAAUGUUCCCAGCAUUACCCACAAUUGUACCUGUUUGGAACCUGUGUACAACCUAUAUGCACUUUGUUACUCUUUAUACAAAUAAAUCUAAUAAAGAAUUGA